UUCCAAGUGAUCAUUUCUGCCCUAAGAAUGUCAUAAACUGGCUGCUCCAUUGGUCGCGUCUUCGUUGCUCGGACAAAGCCCGGUGAUAUAUAGGCUGAAUGUGAUCAUCAAGGUUUUGCGUGCUUGGCCGGUGCAUCUGGCGUCUACUUGUGCCAAGUCAUUCGCAAAAGACUUGGACAGUGCGAGCCAAAGGACACGCACCAGUUCAUACCGUUACCUCCUGGUCCUAAACAAUUGCCAAUCAUAGGAAACCUCUUUGAUAUUCCAUUAGUUGACACCGCAAAAGCGUUUGCAGAAUGGAAAAGCUUGUAUGGCGACAUCAUCUACCUUAAGGCAUUGGACCAGCGGAUCAUGGUGUUGAACUCCUUCGAACAUGCCAACGAACUUCUAUCCAAGAAAUCAUAUUCUGAUCGUCCGGUACCCAUAAUGCUCGGAGAGCUCAUGGGCCUUGGUCAGAGCUUUCCUUUACUUAGAUAUUGCGCCGCAUGGAAACACCAGAGGAAGCUUGCUCAUUUGGCUUUGAAUGCCGGUGCAAUCCAGGGAUACGAAAACUUGCAAGCGGAGAUUGUCGUAUUGUUUCUGGACAGUCUUAUCGAGAACCCAAGUGACUUCAUGUCUCAGCUUCGGUUGGCUGCAGGCCGCAUUGUGUUGUCCAUGACAUAUGGUGUCCCAGUGAAAAGCCCAGAAUCGAUGAAUUUUAUUGAAGAACUGGAGAUUAUGAUGGACACCAUAGGCAAAGGAAUGAUGCCAGGAGCAUACCUUGUCGAUACGUUGCCAUGGCUCAGAUAUAUCCCUUCUUGGGUCCCCUUCAAUAACAUCCAUGCCAUUGCUACAGAAGGCCGCACGCGCCUUCUUCGCGUUGUCGGACUACCUUUUGAAUACGUGAAACAACAAGUUUCAUCGUCUUCACCAAACAUAUCCUUCACUGCUACUUGUCUUCAGAUAGAAGGCGCUGCCAACAUGGAACAUCACAUACGGUGGGCUGCUGGUUCGAUGUAUGGGGCUGGUAGUGAAACGACCAUGGGCACAAUUCUGGCUUUCAUUCUCGCCAUGGCCUUGUACCCUGAUAUUCAGACAAAGAUUAGGAUGGAGCUUGAUCGCGUCGUUGGUCAUGGGCAACUCCCGACAUUGGAUGAUCGCUCCCGCCUACCUUAUGUGAAUGCUGCCAUUAAAGAAACAAUGCGAUGGAAUCCGGUUGUUCCUUUAUGUCUUCCUCACUUUACAAGCAAAGAAGACGUAUAUCAAGGGUUCCGCGUGGCAAAGGGAACAAUUGUUUUUCCGAAUAUUUGGGCAAUGUCUAGGGACAACAUCAGCGGAAUUUCUCCCGAUGAAUUCGCACCAGAACGUUUUCUCGACGCUUGUGUCGAAAAGACAGCAUUGGACCCAUAUUCAUACGCUUUUGGAUUCGGUAGGAGGAUAUGUCCCGGGAGGUUUCUUGCGGAUAAUAGUAUAUUUUUAUUUGUAACUGGUCUCGUGUCCACCUUCGUCAUAUCUCCAGCCGUUGGAUCAGAUGGAAAGCACUCUCUUUUGACGACGCCGUUUAGACAGGGUUUGAUGAGGUUCCCUGAGUCGUUUCAAGCUUGUAUACUUCCCCGCUCUGAGCAACUCGCAGCAGAACUCCGAGACAGAGCUAGGGAAAUGUCCAAGAGUGGCAAUGAGUGCCGCAGCAACUUGUAGGGAGAGGACAGUGAGCGGAUCCGUGUAUACUUGUCUUGUCUAAGCAUCGUGGUUGUAACAUAACAUAGUAUCCGGUCCAAAAAUCUACAUCAGGCUUGAACUUCA